AUGGAGCCAGUGGACAAUGGAGCCCAGCCUCCCUGGUUUAGGGCUGCUCCUGUCAGCAAAUCAUCCGUGCCCAAGCCUCGUGGGUCUGCGGCCGCAGCGCGAGGCGCCGGAGCUCGAGGGGUGGGGGUUGGAGGUGGGCCGGCUGCCGCCACGGCCGGGAGUCAGGACAUGUUCGAUGCCAUCGUGAUGGCGGAAGAGAGGUUUCACGGGGAAGGGUAUCAGGAAGGCUAUGAAGAAGGAAGUAGUUUGGGUAUGAUUGAAGGAAAACAGUAUGGCACGUUCCAUGGAGCUAAAAUCGGAUCUGAGAUCACGUGCUACCAAGGUUUAGCUUUUGCUCGGAGAUGUCUCCUGCACGGUUCCGCCACCGAGAAAGACAGCAAAAAGAUGAAGGUCUUAGAAUCGUUGAUUGGAAUGAUUCGGAAAUUCCCUUAUGCUGACCCUACUUAUGAUAAACUUCACGAAGACUUAGACAGAAUUAGAGGUAAAUUUAAGCAGCUUUGUUCAUUAUUAAACGUUCAGCCCAACUUUAAAAUUAGUGCAGAAGGUGAAAGAAAGAAGACUUUCAUAUUGAGGAUGACAGAUGCAGAAAGACGAAACAUCAAGGAACAGAUGUUCGUAUGUUAA